GGCUCAGGGCCGAGCUCUCGGAAGCCCACCGUUCCGGGCGCGCGCGCGCGCGCCCUCGGAGGCGGAGGCGGAGAGGAUUCCAUGCCGAAGGUGCAAAAAUCGCGCACGAAGUAUCACGACCGUGCGCCGCCUCUUGAUCCAGAUGCCGAGGAAGAGCCCGUGGAGGACGAGGAGGCGGCCCGGGAGGCCGAGGAUGGCCCUCCGCCGGUCGUGAUGGGGCGCCGGCGCCAGAAGCGCAGGGAGGAUUUCAUGCGGAAGUUCGAGUUCGUGAAUUACGUCCGGCAGCAGGAUUCCGCGGCUGAGACGAGAGCGGCUUGGAGAGGUUCAGGGAGGUAUGAAGCCCAGAGCGCCCUCUGCAACGACCACAACGCAGCGUGCUGUUGUUGUUGCUGCAUUGAUGUGGUUCCUUGCAGCUUGCUUGUUCUAUAUUCAUGUUCAGGGAUCUGCGAAUGAGACGAGAGCGGUCUGGAGAGAUUCAGGGCGGUGUGAAGCCCACGACGCCCUCGACUACAACCAGAACACAUUGUCAGUUACAUUGUGUCGGCCCAAACCUUUAAUGUGGU